AUGUCUCCGGGACUGAAAAGUAGCUCCUUCACAACCCCCACCACCCCACUCUUCACCUGCAGCGUCGUUGUCUCUUUCCCUCCUCUACCUUCUCCCUCCCCUCCUCCCCCUCCUCCGCCCGCCACACCCACACUCUGGACGCAGGAACAGAGCAACGAGCCUUUGCACACCUUGCUCCCGACACCCACCACCCAGCUGCUCAGUCGACACGGAAAAUGGAACGGUAGCGUAGUUUCGCAGAUAGGUACCUCUUCGGACAUAUCUCCUCUCAACUCCGUUUUUGAAAGCCUCUGUAACGUUGCAAUAAACAUCACUUACAAAAGCCCCGCCUGCGAGUGCACGAGGGAGGAGGAAUGGGCGCUGGAAAGUCAGAUUUGGCACAGAAAAUCAGCUCGGCGAAGCCCCUUCGGACGCAAACGCCGCCAUUUUUCUGCAGUUUUAGAGUUCAAAGUUCACGCACCCGCGGAAGGUAUGGCUGCCCGCGUCUUCUCGUCCUCCUGCCGCAGAGCUGGUAGCUUGUGGAGGACUGUAGCAACCGUCAGAAACUCACACAGCCACAGCACACACCUGAAGACGGCACCGUUGCAGAGAUGGCCGACUGCCGCGGGUCGCUGCCGGCGCUGGACCUCCUCCGGUGUCUCUGACACUAACCUUGCUGUUAAUGCAUUGUUGGACAGUAACAGAAGUAACCUGAUGGAGUUUGGCCGCUAUGUUCAAGAGAUGCUCCCCAAAUAUAUACAGCAGACCCAAAUCACGUACAGCAAUGAGUUGGAGAUUCUAAUACAUCCCGAUGGAGUCAUUCCCGUCCUCACGUUCCUGAGAGACCACCAGAAUGCCCAGUACACCUCGUUGGUGGACAUCACUGCAGUCGACGUACCAAAGAGAGUCUUCAGAUUUGAGGUGGUGUACAACCUGCUGAGUGUGGUGUAUAAUGUCAGAGUGAGGGUGAAGACGUACGCAGACGAGCUGACACCCAUCGACUCCGCCACGGCCGUCUUCUCCUCUGCCAACUGGCUGGAGAGAGAGGUGUACAUGCACACACACAUACACACUGUCUCUCCUCUCACAGGUUGAACAAAACCACCACACUUGAAUUGCUCCCUGAAAAACAGCAUUGCUAAUUCCUAUCCAGAGCGUUCAAUUAGAAGUCAAUUCAGUGAAUGUGCUGGUACAUUCAUGUGCACCAACUUUUUUUAAACUCACUUUGUCAAGACAUAUACCCUAGAUAUUUUCCCAAAAUCUCUGCAGCUAGCAGUCACAAACCACAAUGCAAGCUGUAGAUCUAUGCAGUGGCCUACCAAUGAUGUGAUACAUACAGGUGUGGGACAUGUACGGCGUGUUCUUCUCCAACCAUCCCGACCUCCGUCGUAUCCUGACUGACUAUGGAUUCGAGGGCCACCCCAUGAGGAAAGACUUCCCUCUCAGUGGCUACGUUGAGGUGAGAUAUGAUGACGAAGCCAAGAGAGUGGUCUGUGAACCACUGGAGAUGACUCAGGAGUACCGCAAGUUUGAGCUCUCGUCGCCGUGGGAACAGUUCCCUCUCCACCGGGCGGCCGAGGCCCUCCCAGCUCCCAGCUCUGCCGACACAACUGACAACCCAAAGUAGCCAAUAACGGGACAUAGUUCAUCAUUAUGUAUAGUUGGAGAGAGGUGUAUUAUUUUAUGUUGAGUGUGUCACUGAAACUUGUGUACAUGGGGGAU